AAUCUGUCAAAAUUUUAUCGAACAACAUGUGCUGUGUUGUAAAGUUAAUUAUAAUUUCUGAAUGAAAAUAGUGUCUCUAUCGUACAAAUAACCUUAUAAUCGGGCACAAUGACAAGGAGAGCGGAUCCGGAUAAAUUUACUGUGACAAAACAGGCGCUACUUCCCGGUAUAUUAUUCUCUUUGCUAGUGAGAUGGUGCGUGGCUGCUUAUCCGUAUUCAGGAUAUAAAAAACCUCCAAUGUAUGGUGAUUAUGAAGCACAAAGACAUUGGCAGGAGAUAACCGUACAUACGCCAAGUAAUAAAUGGUAUCAUAAUACGACACAAAAUGAUCUCCAGUACUGGGGUAUGGACUACCCGCCGCUCACGGCGUACCACAGUCUGCUUAUGGGGUUGGUUGCGGACUGGCUGGACCCUGAAUCGGUGCGUCUGUUCGCGUCGAGAGGUUACGAAAGCGACUCGCAUAAAACCUUUAUGAGAUGGACUGUUUUUCUUAGUGACAUUUAUUUGUAUGUGACUGCAGUGCUGUGCAUUUGUAUAGAUGCUGAAAGAGUGCUAGGGAAAGAACCUAAAGAGCCAAAGUGUGUUCUGAAGAGAACAGACAUUUCAACUACAUUGUUUUUAUUGUACCCUGGCAUCAUUUUGAUAGACUAUGGUCACUUUCAGUACAAUUGUGUGUCCCUGGGUUUCUUUUUGUGGGCUACUUUCUUUAUAAUAGCCAUUAAGAAUGAUACUUUGGCUACAAUAUUUUUUGUUGCCGCUCUAAAUUAUAAACAAAUGGAACUGUAUCAUGCUUUGCCAUUUUUCUUUUAUUUGUUGAGAAAAUGCUUCAUAGGCAUGCCACUGGGGAGAGGGAAGCUGUCCCACUUUGUGCGAUGUUUCAAUAAACUGGCUGUAGCAGUUAUUGCAACAUUCGUCAUCAUGUGGUACCCAUUCUUGAAUGGUUGGGAGAAUGUAUUUCAAGUUGUUCACAGACUGUUCCCACUGAACCGAGGAAUUUUCGAAGACAAGGUCUCUAAUGUAUGGUGCAUGGUCAAUGUCUUCAUCAAACUAAAGACUAUUUACAGUAACCAGGAAAUGGCUAAAACUUGUUUGUUGAUCACAGCAAUGGCUGCGGGGCCAGCCUGUGCAGACAUAUUCUUCAGAAUAAACACUAGAAAGUUUGUUCCAUGCUUGAUUAAUGUGUCUAUGGCCUUUUUCUUGUUCUCAUUCCAUGUUCAUGAGAAAACUAUUUUGUUAGUGGCAAUACCAGUUGCUCUACAUUUCCCCGAAGACCCUUUUAUGUGUUUCUGGUUCCUCAUUGUGUCCACCUUUAGUAUGCUUCCAUUGCUGCUGAAAGAUGGUCUUUUAAUACCUUUCGUAGCCACCAUUGUCAUCUACACAUCAUUCUAUAGCAUUUGCUUGAAGUUAUCCCAGCCAAAUUCAGGUUACUUUUCAAUAUUCAAUGCUAACCGAGUGUACAAAAUUGUGCAGCCAACCAAGAAAGAUACUUCUCCAUUUUUGACCUUUUUGAGUCUUAUUUUUGUGAUCUCAGUGGUUGGUAUGAUACUUCUGACUGUGGGUACAGUGUUUGUGCAGCCACCUCCGCAUUUACCCGACUUGUUCCCGCUACUGAUAGCUGCAUAUUCAUGUGGACAUUUCAUAUUCUUCUUCUGCUAUUUCUAUUACCAACAGUUCUCUUUACCAGUGUGCUUACCAUGUGUAACUAAGCAAAAAAGAAAGUAGAGCUUAUUAUUAAUUACUUAGAAUAUCUGAACUGCCUUUUAACUGUUUAAAAUUUUACUAAUUAUAAGAGUUUUAAAAUUUUGUAAUUUUCAUCUAUUUUUUUAUGUUCCAUAUGCCAAUUAGUGGGUUUUUAAAACUGAUAUUGUUUAUAUAAACAAAGAUAACAAAUGUGGUAGUCAUAUUAUUGUAACUAAGUGAGUAGGUAGUAGAUUGAUUUCGAAAUUCUAAAUUACAUUCCAAUAAAGAUUUUAAUGACUUUGUAGAUUGCACAAA